GGAUGAUUAGAACCUGAAAUGCCCAAGAUCAUCUCUCCUUCUCUCGGUGCAGAGUUGGCUGCCCAUUGCGUGUAGAAAAGAAAAGGUGCUCCAGUGCAGAGGUCCGCCGCAAACCCCUCCCCCCCCUGCCGGCGCUCUUACACCCCAGGUCGCCACCUCCCUGGCGCUCCAUCGUAUCCGAACCCCACCGCCACCACCGCCUGCUUAUACCGCGAAUUCAGCACCACCACCACGCCGUCGGGUCCUUUCCCCAAGGGGGCUACCGACCGCAAAUCUUGGUGCUUGUAGUUGCUGGUCAGCUGGUAGCUCCAUCCAUCUGGUACGCAUUGCCGCGCCGCCCAAGGAUCGAAAGAUGCAAAUACGAGGCAUUUCCGGUGGCCAGCCGUGGUUGAAUCCUGAUAACCAGUGUGACAGAUGGGAGGGGUAAGAAAAUGACUACAGGGAUCCAUGGACAUAUAUACUUAAAAUACUUGGUCACAAAGAGAGACUGGCAGAAAAAUAAUUAAGCAGCUCUCCCUUGUUUCAAAAACAAAAAAUUAAGCAGCUCUCCAGUGGAGCUGGAAGAUCAAGCGGGCGAGGAUGAUGGGCUUCCCCAAAGGAGAUUUGAAGGAGCUAUUGAUUGCUUGUGCGAGAGCCAUUGACGAGGAAGGCAGCUCCAUCGCGACCGAUGUGAUGCUUCAGGAGUUGAGAAAAUUAGUUUCAGUAUCUGGCGAGCCGCUCCAGAGGUUGGGUGCCUACAUGGUGGAAGGGCUUGCUGCCAGGCUUGCCUCCUACUGCACAACAGACAGAGUUUCCGGGUGCAAGAAACCGAAAAUGAAAAAGACUAGCAUAGAGGAACGGAUCUCCCACAUGGAGACACUGCACGACGUUUGCCGGUACUUCAGGUCUGGAUACCUGUCAGCAAAUGGUGCAAUAAAAGAGGCUGUGAGGGGAGAAGACAAGAUCCAUAUAAUCGACUUCCAUAUCACUGGAGGAAGUCAGUUGGUUGGUCUCAUCCGAGAACUUUCUAGAAGGAAAGGUGGACCACCAACCGUAAGGAUCACAGGAAUUGAUGAUUCAGUACCAACUUAUGCUGCGGGCAGCUUGCUAGAGGAGGCUGGGAUGAGGCUGCAGUUCGUCGCUUGCAAAUACGGCGUGGCCUUGGAAUUCCAUGCGGCUGCUAUCUCUGUAGAGGAACUUGAAGGGGCACAUCUUGCAGUCAUCCCUGGGGAAGCAUUGGUGGUAAACUUCAACCUGGGAUUGCACCGCAUUCCAGAUGACACGGUGAGCACCGCGAAUCACCGUGACCGGAUACUAAGGCUGGUGAAGAGCUUGUCGCCGAAGGUGGUCACCCUUGUGGAGCAGGAGCUGGACACCAACACGGGCCCUUUCAAGCAGAGGUUCAUGGAGACGCUGGACUACUAUGCCGCCGUCUUCGAGUCCAUGGACCUGACACUAAUCUCAAGGGGUGAGAAGAGAGAACAACGCGACUACUACGGUGACUUCUUCGAGUACAUCAACCAGGCUCCCCCGAGCGAUGACAGCACACGGAUCGGCAUUGAGCAACACUGCCUUGGGAGGGAGGUCGUGAGCAUCGUUGCCUGUGAGGGAGCAGAGAGAGUGGAAAGGCACGAGCCCUUCCACAAGUGGAAGGUGCGACUUACGAUGGCCGGAUUCACACCGUCUCAACUCAACUCGGAUUUGAAUGACCGCAUCCGGAAGAGGCUGCAGAGCCACAACAGCAACUACCUGUGCGACGAGAGGGACGGGGUGUUCUACCUCGGUUGGAAGGACAGACCACUGGUGGUUACGUCCGCCUGGCAUUAGUCUUUCUGAUAAUCAAGUGGAUUAACAUUAUUACUUUCUGUCAAAAAAUAAGUGACUUAAACUUUUUGUAGAUACAGAUAUAUAUAUCUACACACUAAAAACACGUCUAGAUACAAUCAUAUGUAGAAAACGUUGAGUCACUAAUCUUUGGACGGAGGGAGUAUUACUAUCAUUAUAUAUGAUGUCCUGUUGUCUGAUUGUACAUUUGUGGGUGCAACCUUAACUCUGAUUCCAGGCUGAUAACUUGAGAGAUAUGCAGGUUUUUGGUUGCAAGCUUGUUUAUCCUA